UAUGGUGUGAUUUUUUUUACGCAAUAAAGUACCGAAAAAAAAGAACAAAUUAAUCAAUAUAUUCCAGAACAUUCAGUAAAAUAAACCAGAAACCAAUCAACCAAUAUUAAAUUGAUCAUUUAUCGAUUAUCAUUCGAACGAAAAAAACACACACACACACACACAACAAUCAUGUAUCGACAAAUCAUCAUUUUCAUCAUAAAUCAUUUAUCAUUAUCCAUCAUAAUAUGGUUAUCCAUAUUGAAUGUAUUACCAUUGCAGUACCAUCAACAACAGUAUAUUGAUUGUUUUGAACAACCAAUGAUUACCGAUAAUGGUAAUGGUAAUGGUAAACAAACGUUGUCGACAACUAAAUCGAUUCAAUCAAAAUCGAAUCCAUCAUCAUCAUUUAUAACGUUAAAACGAUCAAUUCGUAGUACAACAUCAUUUUUUGAUAAUUCAUCACCAUCAUUCUCAUCAUCAUCAUCAUCAUCACCAUCGAAAUCAUCAUCAUCAAGUUUAUGGAAUGUAUUCCAUUGGUUUCGGCCAUCUGAUCGUAUGUCCGUUACAUUUUUACCAGUAACAGGCAAUAAUGAUGAUAAUGAUAGUUUUAAUGGUCGUCAUAGUCGUUAUAAUAGUAAUAAUAUUGGACGUCGAAGAAGAUUUCUUUUCAAUGGUAAUCAUUUUAUACCAUCACGUGGUAAAAAAUCACGUUCCCCAUUGAUUAUAAAAAAUUCUGAUCAAAUUCCCUAUGUUAACUAUAAUGAUGACAAUGAGGAAUUGGUGGACAAAUUCAUUGAAAACAAAAACAACAACAACAACAACAACAACAACGAUGAAACUGAUUAUGGAAAUGAAUCAAUGGAAUCAAUUCAAACAGUCAAAGAACCAUCCAAACAAACAAUGACAAUGGCAACUGAUUGGAUCAAUCGAUCAAUAACCAAAUCAUUAUCAUCAACAGCAACGAAAACAAAAUCAAAUAAAAUGAUGAUUAUUUGGGCAUUUUUAUUACCAUUGGAUAAUGAUGAUGAUAAUGUUAAACAUUAUUAAAUUCCUUGUUUUGUCCUGUGUAGUAAGAAAGUUUAAAAAAAAAUUCACAACAACAACAACAACAACAAAAUUCCAGAUUUAACAAUUUCUAUUUUGUCGAAAACAGAAAUACAACAACAACAACAACAAUUUCCAUUGAAUGUACACUAUAAACAGACACCAGAAAAAAAAAAAAACAAGAACCGGAAAAAUAAUAAAUAAAAACGGAA